AUGAACAGCUCAAUUAACGGUAUUAUUGGAAAUUUGGGCAGUAGUGGUGAUGGAAAUUUGACUGUUCAGAUGCCGGGGAAUAGUGGACACCAACAACAACAGCAGCAACAACAGCAACAAUCUAAAAUCGAAAGUGCUCAAGGAGAUGGUAAUAGCAGAGCAAUCUAUGAUAGUCAGAAAACAAGUACACCUAAUGGCACUAGCACGACGAAUAUGCCGUCUGCUGCGGUUCCAAAUUAUGACAUUAAAUAUAUAUUAUCUGGUCAUACGAAAGCCGUAUCGUCUGUCAAAUUCAGCGCUGAUGGUUCAUUGUUAGCUAGCUCUAGUGCUGAUAAGACAAUCAAAGUGUGGAAUACUCAGGAUGGUAAAAUUGAAAAAACGAUUACCGGUCAUAAACUUGGGAUCUCGGAUAUUUGUUGGUCCUCGGACCAUCGACUGAUAACAUCUUGUUCAGAUGAUAAAACGUUGAAGAUAUGGGAUGUUAUGAGCAGUAAAUGUUUGAAAACAUUGAAAGGUCACACUAAUUAUGUUUUCUGCUGCAAUUUCAAUCCUCAGUCAUCUUUGGUCGUGUCAGGCUCCUUCGAUGAAAGUGUUCGAGUUUGGGAUGUAAAAACAGGCUCGUGCAUUAAAACUCUUCCUGCACAUUCCGAUCCAGUUUCUGCAGUUUCUUUCAAUCGAGAUGGAACACUGAUUUGUUCAAGUAGCUAUGAUGGGCUUGUUCGAAUUUGGGAUACUGCAAAUGGACAGUGUGUCAAAACUCUUGUUGAUGAUGAUAAUCCUCCAGUUUCCUUCGUGAAAUUUUCGCCAAAUGGCAAAUAUAUAUUAGCUGCUACUUUAGACAGCACACUGAAACUUUGGGAUUUCAACAAAGGCAAAUGCUUGAAGACUUAUACUGGACAUAAAAAUGAAAAAUACUGUAUCUUCGCGAAUUUUUCUGUCACUGGUGGCAAGUGGAUAGUCAGUGGUUCGGAGGAUAAUCGUGUCUACAUAUGGAAUUUACAGUCCAAAGAGAUUGUACAAACACUUGAAGGCCAUACAGACGUGGUACUGUGCACUGAUUGUCAUCCAACACAAAAUGUCAUUGCAUCAGCAGCGCUCGAAAACGACCGUACAAUUCGCUUGUGGAAAUCUGAUUUUUAA